AUGUCGGUGGACCAGAAGCCCCUAGGCUGGCAAGCUGCCCUGAGCGGGGAGCACAUCCUCAGCACCCUGCUGCAGCAGCUGCAGCUCCGAGAGGCCCCCGUUCUGGAUGCAGGCAACGUGGAGGAGCUGGUCACCCCUGCGACAGGGAACCCUGGGUCCACCUGGUGCUGGAGAGGCCUCCUGACCCUGUUCCUGUCCCCAGAGGUGGCAGGCAGGUGGCUGGCUUCCGAGGCCUCCACGCACCUGCAUGAGUGGCUGUCCGGUAUAGCACCCGCGCCCGCCCGCGUCACUGUAGAGUGGCUGCAGGUCUGCAAAGACAGCUCCAACAGCACCUUGCUGGUGGACUCCAGGCUGGUGUCCCUCCACGAGAGCGGCUGGAAGGCCUUCGACGUGACAGAGGCGGUGACCUUCUGGCAGCAGCUGAGCCGGCCUCGCCAGCCUCUGCUCCUGCAGGUGACGGUGCACAGGGAGCACCUGGGCUCGCUGGCCUCGGGCGCCCACAAGCUGGUGCGCUUCGCCUCCCAGGGGCCCGAGGGCCCGCGGCAGGGCAAGCAGCAGGGCGAGCCCCAGCUGGAGCUGCACACGCUGGACCUGGGGGCCUACGGAGCUCAGAGCGACUAUGACCCCGAGGUGCCCGUGACGGAGGCCACCCGCUGCUGCCGCCAGGAGAUGUACAUUGACCUGCAGGGGAUGAAGUGGGCUGAGAACUGGGUCCUGGAGCCCCCGGGCUUCCUGGCCUACGAGUGCGUGGGCGCCUGCCAGCAGCCCCCGCAGCCCCUGCCCUUCGAGUGGCCAUUUCUGGGCCCGCGGCAGUGCAUCGCCUCUGAGACGACCUCGCUGCCCAUGAUCGUGAGCGUCAGAGGAGGCAGGGCCAGGCCCCAGGUGGUCAGCCGGCCCAACAGGCUGGCCAGGGUGCAGAAGUGCGGCUGCUCCUGGGACGGAGCCACAGGCCGGGCCAUUCAGGGGCAGGGAGGAACGGAGAAGGCCUUGAACGUGGCAGUGAAAGAGGAGCGCUCAGACGUGGGAGAGGCCCGAGAGGUCGCCAGGGCGCCCACAUACGGAAACCCCGGGAGGGCGCGGGACCUGUCCCUGCCUCCCGUCCCGUGCGCUCCGCCCCGCUCCGGGGAGAAGGAGCUCCCGACCGGCUGGGCAGCUCGGGCCCCCGGGGUCGCCAGCGGCCCUGCGACCUCCGCUCGGAGCCCAGCCGCGCGUCCUCCCGGGGAGCUGCGGUCUGGCGGGGCUAGGGCCGGGGCGGCGCGCGGCCGGGCGGGGGCCGCCAAUGGGGCCGGCGCGCGCGGCUCUGCGCAUGUGCGGGAGGCGCCCAAGUUUCCCUUUGCAACUUUUGAGUGA